CGGCGGGUGGGCAGGUGGGUGUGUGGCCGGCGGUGAGGAUGAGCGGGGGCCCGGCUUUCCUGGGUCCCGGGGAGGUGUCCCGCCACCUGGGCGGGUGCAGCCUGCUGCUGGCGCCGCUCGAGUCGGCCCUGGCCAACUUCUCCCGCGGGCCCCGCGGCGGGGUCGUGCAGCCUCUGCGCACCGUGCUGCCCGUGCCCCCGCACCAAGGCUUCCUGGGGGUGAUGCCCGCCUACAGCGAGGCCGAGGACGCGCUGACUACCAAGCUGGUGACCUUCUACGAGGGCCGCAGCCCCGGCUCCGCAGCCCCCUCGCACCAGGCCACCGUGAUGCUCUUCGACCCCCGCGAUGGGUCCCUGCUGGCGGUCAUGGAUGGAAACGUCAUCACGGCCAAACGGACUGCUGCUGUGUCGGCCAUUGCCACCAAGUAUUUAAAACCUCCGUGCAGUGAAGUGCUUUGCAUUAUCGGAGCUGGUGUUCAGGCCUACAGUCAUUAUGAGGUCUUCAUGGAGCAAUUUUCUUUUAAAGAGGUGAGGAUAUGGAAUCGCACCAAGAAGAACGCUGAGAAGUUUGCCCAGACUGUGAAAGGAGAAGUGCGAGUUUGCUCAUCAGUCCAGGAGGCUGUGAUGGACGCUGAUGUGAUCAUCACGGUCACUAUGGCUACGGAGCCCAUUCUAUUUGGUGACUGGGUGAAGCCGGGUGCACACAUUAAUGCUGUAGGAGCCAGCAGGCCUGACUGGAGGGAACUGGAUGAUGAGGUCAUGAAGAAGGCCGUGCUGUAUGUGGAUUCCCGGGAAGCGGCUCUGAAGGAGUCAGGAGAUGUCAUAUUGUCUGGGGUGGAGAUCUUUGCCGAGCUGGGCGAAGUAGUGAGAGGAAUGAAACCAGCCCAGUGCGAGAAAACCACAGUGUUCAAGUCUCUGGGAAUGGCUGUGGAAGAUACAGUCGCUGCAAAACUGAUAUAUGAUUCCUGGUCGUCUGAGAAAUGAAGCAGAGAAACCCAAUCUGGCAAGAUGGGUGUUCUUCUAUCUCAAGCAUUAUGGCCCCUGUUUGUCUCAAAUGUUUUUUUUUUCCAAUUCUCAGAAAGAGAAGCUGUUCUGUAUGGAAUGUAGUUUUUGCUAUUAACAUUAUCAGCUUUGACCGUCUAUUGUUGUUGGUAAAUUAAAUUGCAGUUAAUAUUUUCUUUUCUCUGAGUCAUCAGAUGCAAAUGUAACAUUCCUGACCACAGUCUUCACUGUGUUUUGUAACUCUUUGGAAUAAAGCCCUUUUCCUAGACUAUUCCUCUCA